ACCGCGCACGCACACACAUCACUGAGCAGAGGUCCUGCGCGCGCUCCCGGAGCUCUGUAUAAAACCGGUGCGCCAGGCGCUCCGAAAACUCCACGCGAGUCAGGCGUUCAGGCGUGAGGUGUGACUGAAAAACAACGGAAUAAAGAUGUACCGAUUCAGGCGAUCCAACAUGAUGUAUCCCAUGAUGCACUCUGGCAUGGGCAUGGCUCCAUUCUUUAAGGUGACCGUGUUCGAGCAGGAGCACUUCCAGGGCAAGUGUCAGGAGUUCACUUCAGAGUGCUGCAACAUCCAGCAGUGCGGCUUCGACAACAUCCGUUCCAUCCGCGUGGAGAGUGGAGCCUGGGUGGGUUAUGAGCAUCAUGAUUUCCAGGGACAGCAGUUUGUCCUGGAGAGAGGCGAAUACCCUCACUGGGACUCCUACUGCGGAAACCUGGCCUACCACGUCGAGAGAUUUAUGUCCUUCAGGCCCAUCUUCUGUGCUGCUCACCAGAGCAGCCGCAUGAUGAUCUAUGAGAAGGAAAACUUCCUGGGUCGUUGUACGGAGCUGUGUGAUGACUACCCCUCUCUGCAGGCUAUGGGCUGGUGCGGCAUAAGAGUGGGCUCCAUGCAUGUGCAGUGUGGCGCUUUUGUGUGUUACGAGUUCCCAGGCUACAGGGGCAGGCAGUACAUCAUGGAGUGUGAGAAGCACAAUGGAGACUACCAGCACUGGAAGAACUGGGGCUCCCACAGUCAGACUCCUCAGAUCCAGUCCAUCCGUAGGAUCCAGCAUUAACAGGGCAGCUUCUACCCCCCACACACACACAGCACUGACCACUCAGCCUCCCACCACACACACACACCUUACACACUCCUUGUUAACAGCAGUAACACACUACUGUACCACACACACACACACACUGUACAGCCAUCCUGUCCUAAACGCUUUCUUGUCCGGUGCUAAACAAUGCCUCCUGUGGUGCUCUACCUGCGCUCAACACAUACUCAUCAAAGUCAGCAAGGCCACGCCCCUGUGAGGUGAUUGGGCAAGAGCAGCUCAGGUGCGAUGUGUAGCAGGAGCGUAAAUCAUUGUGAACCAAAAAAAUGCAUAAUAAAACAUGUGUUCACUUCAA